CUCUUCCGCCACAGUAACAACAGCUGGAGCGGCGAGCAGCUGAAGAUGGCCGCCGCAACCAUGGCGGGGCUCGACGCCCACAGGAUGGAGGAGAAGAAGUUCGAAUACUUCUCCUCCAUCAACUCCAUGGCGAAGAAGAUAAUGCAGGAGCGGGAGAAAAUCAAAGCCACGCACGGCUCCUCCUGGGACAAGAUGACGCCGCAGGAGCAAGACAGCGCCAUCGACAACGGGAUGAUGGAUCCCCACAUCCGAGCCCGAUACGCUAUGCACAGAGUGGACCGCGAAGAAGUGGUCUGUUACCCUAAACUGCUCAUUCCGACGGGGCAGAAGAUCGUUCACUUCGGGGAAGAGGAUAUUACGUGGCAAGAUGAGCAUUCUGCGCCCUUCUCAUGGGAAACAAAGAGCCAGCUGGAUUUCAGUUUGACAUCGGGCCCAGCAGACCAGCAGAUCUCGACCUCGCAGGCAGACCCGAAGGCUGUAAAGGCUCCUCAUCCCAACCAGCUCGGCAAGAGCACGCCAGGAACCAAGGUGUCUGUCAGCGAGGGACGGAGGCCAGAGGAGGAGUCGUCUUUCUGGAAGAUCAGCGCCGAGAGGUCCAGGCUGGAGGGAGAGCAGGCCGACUUCCAGUCCCUAACCCCCAGCCAGAUCAAAUCCCUGGAGAAAGGAGAGAAACCCCUCCCUUCCUACCUCCGACAGGAGACUUCUAUCCCCUCCAAGGAGCCUGAGGCAGUAGACCCCCACCCUCCAGCCCAUACCAGGUCCACCAAGCAGCGAGCACCCAGACCUCCUGCUCCUCCUCCCCCCGUCCCCAUCCCCGUCCCCAUUGCCGUCGCUGUCAGCGCAACACCGGCAUCCAUCUCCAUUUCGCCAAACCCAGCCCCGCCUCUCAGAGUGUCCUCGACGGUCGCGGGCUGGGAGCGGUCUCAGAGCACCCUGCCGUCGGUCGGCAACACCGUGGAUGAAGUCUUCUCCUCCGGCAUGAUGUCCAAGCCCUCCAACCACCCCGCCAGUGUGGGAGAGAGAGAGGGGGAGGAUGGCUCCUCCUCCAGCCCCACCUUUGCCCAGUUCAACACAAGCAGCAGCAUCCUGAAGACCGGAUUUGACUUCUUAGACAACUGGUAAACCACAGCUGGGGCCGGUCUCCGCUCCGAAUGAAUCAUUCUCAUCAUCACUCUAAAGAAAGGACCACACUGCCAUGACUACAGACAUCCACGUCUAGAUUUAACAAACACCAGUCUUUAAAACGACCGCAUUAUGUUCUUGUAAUUCUCUUCUGUGGCUUGUUAAGACAUUAUCUCACCGCCUGUGCACUGGUGUUUCUCUCCCCUCCACCACCCCGCUAGAAAAAAAGCUGCCUCUCCUCUCCAACAAGGGUCUUUAAUGUCUUGCCAGACACCCCCCUGCCCUCUAGAAACAGAGUCACAGACGGUGCGUGUGCUCUCCCGGACUGUGCAUUCACACUGUGAUCAGCUUGGUUGAACCGGUUACAUAAUUCUGGCUCUGAGUUUGCACAACAGCUAGCUAUCAAAUAUCAAUUAACCUCCUGAAGUUUAGAAGUUUAGAAGAGCUCCUCUGAGCUGUGAGAUUUACCCUGAUUAGAAAAACAGUCACAUACGUGUCCAGGAAUAAAUAUAAAUAUAAUAUAAUAUAAAUAUAAUAUAACUUUUAUCCAGAUAUGAGACACUUGAAGUGACUUGUUGGCUUAUUUUGACUUAUUUUGGCAAAACAUGUCGUUUUUCCUGCUUUGGUGUUUCCUUCCAUAACGGUACAGUGUUACGUUAACAUGGCUAUCUAUUUACCUACAGUGAUGUAAGAACUGGAAGAAGUCCGGAAACACCAAAUUAAAGUUACUGAAGCACAAACCACCAAACCUAGCCACGGCUGAGUCUGCUCCCCGGGGAUAGCUGUCGUCUUUUUUUACCCCUUUCGUCUGCUAAUAAGCAUUUUAAAGGCAUUUGAAUGCAUCUUUCUAUGUGCUAUGACUAACUGUAACUGGCGGGGGGGGGUCUACACAUUAUCCAGAUAUCGGUGGGAAGCUGUCGAUGGCGUUGUUUACAGUGUGAGUGCACGGUAACGGCUGCCUUCACGUGGACGUUUUAGACACUAAUCCAGCAAGCGAGGAAAUAGUUUGUACGAUAAGCAUGUCGAAUAUUCAUCCGUGCAAAACACUCAUCCAUUGUUUCUUUGUUUGUUUUUGCUAUGAAGAUUUUGCUCUCCAAUGUGCUUUUAUUUAUACUGACCUAUAUAUAUAUUCCUAUGAAUAAGAGUUUUAGAGCUACAGUAGUGCUCAGUGCUGCAGACCCGGUCCACAUCGUGCAGUUACUACAGACAGUGUUCCUACUGGUUUUGGAAUUUCUGGACUAUCGUGUACUUUUCCCCCCAUUGCAUCACUUUAGAGGAAUAUCACAGAAUGUAUUUUCCAGCUUUCACACAUCCAUUGAAUUAGAAAGUGGUUUUAUAGAGAGUGGAAACCGGGCUGUUGUCCUCUCUGCCAAUUCCAAACAAAAACAACGGGAGGGAACAACGGCCAUGGAAGUGCUCAGACUUAGUCACGGAAAACCUGUUACAGACGUCCUGUAUGGAUUCACUUCUCCACCAACUCACCCCUCUCAGCUGUCACCUUUGACCUCAAACUAGUGCUGAGCAAAGUUAGUGUGCAUUUAUAAUGAAAGUGAGACGCACUCAAACGUGUUUUAGGUAAAAAAAAAAAAAAAAAGGCUGGCAUGUAGUGAUUUGUACCACUUGUGUCAUAGAUUUAAAAUCCAGUUUACACGACUAGAGUACUAUUUUACUGAAUUUUAUAUUUAUCUGCUGAUUGUAUCUUAUGCUAUAAAUGUAUAUUGCACUCAUGCAUUUUGAGAUCACAGAUUGGAAGGAAGUGAAUAAACAAAAGUCAAACCUC